GCCAAUCACAACGCAUUGCGCCCUCCAUGUUCGCGGGAUAUCCUCCAUGGAUAGCUCAACGACCACACGAGGAAGAUGCCGAACUAUGAUCGAUCUACGUAUUGAGUUGGACCCUAAAUUGCUAAGACGUGGGGGGUGGAAAAGUAUAACAUCAAUUUCUAUCUCAGAUAUGAGGUCGUCAAGGGAUUGAAGCAUCGACGAACCUCCACUGUGCCAUCAGUAUCUCCGUUCACUUCACCAUCUCAACACCAUGUCUUCUACCAUCAAGACCAUCUCCCCUACGACCAACAAGGUCAUCUGCGAACGCCCAGAAACCACACUCGAUGAAGCUCGCGACAUCGCCCGCCGCUCCAAGGCGGCUUUCCAGUCCUAUCGCAAGUUGCCUCUCGCCGAGCGUCGCGCCAUCGUGACCACGGCCUUGGCAAUUAUCCAGGAGCGCAAGAUGGAGCUCGGGCGCGAACUUUCAGAGCAGAUUGGACGGCCUGUUGCCUUCAGCCACAAGGAGAUUGAGACAAUGCAGAAGAGGGCUGAUUAUCUGCUUGAGAUUGCGGAGGAGUCUCUGGCCAGCUUGCCUGGGAGGAUAAAAGAAGCUGGGUUCAAGAGGGAGAUUAAGAAGAUUCCCGUUGGACCGACACUGAUCGUCUUUGCAUGGAACUUCCCCUACCUCAUCAUUGUCAACGCUCUCGUUCCCGCCCUCCUCGCCGGAAACUCCGUCAUCCUCAAGCCCUCUCCGCAGGUGCCUCUCGUAGGCGAACGAAUCGCCGAAAUCUUCGCCACCGCCGGCCUGCCCAAACAUGUCCUCCAGGUCAUCCAGUCAGGUAACCCCGCCACACUCAAGGAGAUUGUCAAGCUGCCGGAGCUGGGUCUAGUGAGCUUCACUGGCUCGACGGCGGGAGGUCUUGCCAUUCGCGAAGCUGUGGCGGAUAGCACUGUUCCUGUCAACUUGGAGCUUGGUGGCAAUGAUCCGGCGUAUGUGCGACCAGAUGCGGAUCUGGCAUAUGUUGCUGAGCAGUUGGUGGAUGGUGCUGUGUUUAAUUCUGGCCAGAGUUGCUGCGCCGUGGAGCGGAUCUAUGUUCAUGUGGAUGUGCAUGAUCAGUUUGUCAAGACGCUUCAGGACGAGCUCAAGAAGUACACUCUUGGCGAUCCCUUCGAUACCAAAACAAUGGUCGGUCCUGUCAUCUCUCGCGCCGCUGAAAAGACCAUCAACGCACAAAUCUCCGAUGCCCUUGCCAAAGGCGCCGUCAACGCGACCCCCGAGAACAAGUCGUUUACCAGCGCUUCUAAGGAUGGUAACUUUGUUGCACCCAUCCUGCUCACCAAUGUGACACACGACAUGGAUGUGAUGCGCGAGGAAACAUUCGGACCAGUUAUUCCCGUCGCCAAGGUCAGAGAUGAUGAUGAGGCGGUGCGAUCGAUGAAUGAUGCCGAGUACGGCUUGACUGCGAGCGUGUGGACAAAGGACAUUGCCCGCGGCGAAGAGUUGAUUGAGCUGCUUGAGGCCGGUACCGUGUUUGUGAAUCGCUGUGACUAUCCAAACCCUGACCUUGCAUGGACAGGUUGGAAAAAGUCUGGCUUGGGCUGCACCUUGGGGCCACGCGGGUAUGAUGCUUUCGUUAAGCUGAAGAGCUACCACAUCAAGGAAAAGCAAGGAUAAAGUUCUGUGAUUUCAAUGUAUGGACGUCAUCGAUGAGAAGUGAUUACGGGAUAAUUAUAUGUUUAUAUACAGGAAAUGUUGAUUUGUUGCCUAUAAUGGCCU